AUGGCUCUCGCUCGCCGCCUUACCUCACCGUGCGACCUGCGCGCGUGUCUCGGCGCAUUCUACCGCGCGUUUUCCACCUCCAUCCCCUCCGCCCAUCCGUUCCCCUCCCCGCACGGACUUCCGCACGGGCCAAGUUGCGCCGCGUCGUCGCGAUCCGAUCAGCCAACCCUUCCGUGCACGGCGUACGAUGUCGAGCAGCAAGGAAGCGCAGCUGAGCCGUUGAUUCACCCUGCCGUCCCCGUCGCAUCCGGCCCUUCCGUUUUAUCCCCGUCGCAUUCACGGAUGACGCCAGACGAUGCGAAUCGAUUUGAGGUUAUGGCGGUCCCUAAGAGGAAGGUGACGCCGUCGCGGAAGGGCAUCAGGAAUGGACCCAAGGCGCUCAAGGCCGUGCCGGUGGUGGUCAGAUGCCUGUGA